CGUGUGUAAUUGCAAAGGCCCUACACAACGGGAUGGAAGUAAAAGUAGUUUCGAGCAAAUUUGUUCUUGUCCAAGGGAAGAUAACAAACAAUACGGAUGUCUCCUUCUGUAAGCAGUACCCUGAACUCAAGGCCAUUUGCAUUGUUGCAUGGAACAUCAGUCUGAGAAAUAUGUCAGCCUGCGUCAACAUCUCAGUUCAACCUGCUUGGAAUUUGACCUGUCGAGACACGCAAGCAGUGACGUCAACUACACCUACAACACUGUCAGCACGGUUGACGAGAGCGCAUGCUUUCUGGAAUGUUUUGACACAUCAUACUGCAGAACUUUCCGGUAUUCAAGCGGCACGUGCUACAUAUACACAUGCGGAAGUGAUUGUGUAACAUCAUAUUUGAUUCCCGGUUCUUUCGACAUAUAUCAUCGAACGUGUUAUGAAUGCCCUACAAUAGCCAACACCGCUGAAUACACAGUAACCCUCACCGGGCUAUACUUGGGAGACACUUUGACAACAACUUGCAAUUUCGGCUACGAACACUCCUCGGGGGAUUUAAUAAGGACCUGCCAAGGAGGUUACGCGUGGGGCGGAGACACGGCCAGUUGUAGCCCAGUAGAUUGCGACAUACCUUCCACCAUUGCGCAUGCAUCAUUCACACUUACUUCAGGAACAACAACAUACGGAAGCUUUGUAACGUAUUCUUGCGAAUCCGGAUACAUUCCAACAGGCGAAAAUAGAUUUGCCUGUGCCGACACCGGCCAAUGGACUGGUUUGGGCUUUUCUUGCGAAGGAUGCGGUUUUCCACCUAACGUUUCAAGUGCAACGUAUACUUUGACGUCUGGUACAAACUACGAUAGUGUUGCAAAUUAUGUUUGCGUUACAGGGUACGUAUUUAGUGCGACAUCUCAGCUCUUUUGUGACUUAAAUACACAGGCCUGGUCGGGAACGCUUUCAUCGUGCGUCCUGGUGGAUUGCUUAUUACCUCCAACUGAACCUCAUGCGACGUACACAUUAACGUCAGAGUCUACAACUUGGCAAAGUACUGUGGAAUAUGCCUGCGAAAAUGGGUAUAAUCUAAACGGCGAUCCCAUUAUGGAAUGUUCGGCUGGCGGUGUUUGGGUUGGAAGUGGUUUUUCUUGUGAAGGAUGUGGCAACCCCCCAAUAAUUUCCUAUUCAACGUAUUCUCUUACAUUUGGUACGGGAGUUGGAAGCAUUGCACAAUACACCUGCAGUCCAGGCUAUACCCUUGAAAGCUCAUCUGAAUUGAUAUGCAUCUCAAAUGGAACAUGGGGUGGAAUACUUCCUGUAUGUAGCUUCAUAGAUUGUGGAAGUCCUCCUAAUGUGACAAACGCGAGCUACAUUUCAUCACCUGACACAACAUUAAACAGCUCAACGGUGUAUUCCUGUAACACAGGAUUUCAAAUGACGGUAACCGGAACGCUCCUGUGUGAAUCUGAUGGUCAGUGGAUUGGAAUCCUUCCUGUCUGCAUCGAGGUUUACUGUACAGAGCUAAACAAUCCACCGAAUGGAUUUGUAAAUUAUGGAUCAAACGUUUAUAACUCAACAGCGAGUUUCAACUGCUCAGAUGGGUACAAUUUAGUUGGAUCACCGUACAUCAUUUGCUCCGCUGAUGGCUCUUGGAAUGCUACUCAACCAAUCUGCAGUCCAGCGGAUUGUUUACCACUGUAUGACCCACUGAAUGGAUACGUUAGUCAUACUUCGGGAACUACAUAUAUCCAUGUCGCAAAUUAUACGUGUGAAAUUGGGUAUUAUAUAGACGGGGAUUCCUUACGAAUCUGUCAAGCUAAUGCAUCAUGGAGUGGAAGCGAACCGUCCUGCAUAAUCGUGGAUUGCAACCAGCCACCUAUUCUUUUGAAUGGAAUAUACCAGCUCCUAAAUAAUGGGACGAAAUAUUCGGAUCAUGCAACUUAUUCUUGCAACCUGGGUUACACUAUUUCUGGUGCCUUGCUGGUAACUUGCCUUGCAAAUGGAAACUGGAAUCUGCCACCACCUGCAUGCACUAUACUAGAUUGUGGAUCUAUUGCACAUCCGGUUAAUGGAUUGGCACUAACACCCGAUGGAACGAAAUUCGGGGCAACUGCAACAUUCUACUGUAAUCAAGUUUACACCAUAUCAGGUCCGACUUCAGCAUUAUGUAACAGUAGCGGAGAGUGGGACAGCGAACCGCCUACAUGCGUAUAUACAGGCGGAGUGAUAACGACACCUAAGCCUAUUAAGCCACUUUAUAUCAUGCCCUGCAUUUGCUACCCAAACAAAACCUUCGUUGGGAUGACACAAGAAGAAAUAAUCCAACAACUGAUCAAAGAUACGAGAAUUGAACGGAAUAGCACUACUGCAUCCAUUAACAAGCUGAAAUGUCGCGAAGAUAAUCGGCCGUUUUCGAGAAUGACGGGAUACAUUAGUAUUGCAGUUAUUUCAGUUUUGCUUUUUGCGGUUGUUGCUUCGGAUAUGAGAAUGCUUGUUAUGCAUGUGCGUAGGUAUCAUACAAUAUAUAACUGAAACUUUAAAUUGUAAUACAAUUGUUAAGACUGCUAUAUAUAGCAUUCAUGACACAAUUUGUGUUUCUGCUAGAGAUAUAUGAAUAUAACACAGAGGAAUAACUUACUUGUAUGAACUGUUUCAAUAAUUUAAUUUCAAAUGGAUUAUGACGCAAUACAUAAACUCAUAUGUGUCAAUGUUUUCUAUAUAGGCUCUGUCCUUCCUUGAUUUUUUUCCGUUUAAGGUUAGAAUCUCAAUGUCCCGUGUACACAUGAUGUUGUUAGUGUAUAUGUAAGUGUGAAAUAAUAUGUUUGUUUAAAUGUGUUUUAAUAAGGUUUACUUUUUUGUAUGCAUUUAGUGUGCACUGUUUUAAUCAAAUUGUGUGAUAUAUUGGGAAUAGUAUGUAAGUCUAUUGAUCUGUGAUGGAGUAUUACUUCUAACUAAAUCCGUAAAAUUCACAAUCGAGCUGAAUGAAAUCCAUCCAUCCAUCAAUAUAUCCAUCCAUCCGUCUUUUUCCAUCCAUCUACCUGUCCGUCCGUCCGUCCGUCCAUCUAUCAAUCUAUCCAUCCAUCCAUCCAUUCAUCCAUUCAUUCAUCCAUCCAUAUUUUUCCAUCAGUCCGUCCAUCCGUCCAUUCAUCAAUAAAUCAAUCAUUUCAUCCAAGAUUGCACCCACCCACUGUAAUCACACAUCCAUCCAUCAUUAUUUUAAGAUAAAGAAAGCUAUACAUGGGUUUUUCAAAUUCAACAUACAAUCCAAUGAAGUAUACAAAUUGUUGUGAAUAUUUCAUAUUUUAGCUCUGUAUGCUCUCAAUAAAAUUAAAGUCAUGAAACUUUUUGACAUUGGCGACCCUAUUUUCCAACCAUUAAAAUGCUUUAUAAAUUAUGUGAAAUUCGUGUUUGAUUUCGAAAUGAUUCUACCAAUGGCGUGUUUAUAUCAAGAGAAUGAACAAUUAAAUUAUCCUAUGUAAAACUAUUUUACAUUUCUAUGCCUGGUGACCUUGUAUAGUUUUUUUAGUAUCGUUUUAUUGGUAUGAAAUAAAUACGCAAGUACUACCUACGCGGUAAAAAAUGCUACAAAAAUCUAAUUUUUACCUUCAGUUGAAGAUUGUAAAUUUAGUCAUUUUACGACCGAUUCCAGUUGAAAGAGGCACGAAAAUACAAAUCCUUAUUACUUUGUCCAUGAAACAUUUCCUGUUAUGACAUUAUUUUGUUUGAAACUGUGGUAAAAUUCUUAAACUAAAACGUAGAACUAUGAUUAAAUCAUAGACCCGCCAAAUAUCAGUUUUAAGGACAAGCCCUUAAAAUUGAAAUUCAGUUACUUAUUUCUUUAUCCCAUGAAUACAUAUCGUUGUUAUACAUGCACGUUAGUUAUCCUACUUAAGUACACACUAUAUACGUUGUUCGUUUGAUUCACUCUUCGUGUUUGAUGCUCUGUUAUUGGUAAUAAAUGAA